AAACAUUGGUUGAAAAACAUCAAAACAAACCGUUAAUAACCGAUUUUACGAUGGAUAGCCGUUUAUACGAUACUAAAUUAGCAAGUCAUAAAAUUUUUAAAGACUUAAAAGAAAGUUUGAAAGAAAAUGAUAGUGAAAAAUUGCGCAAUUUGUUUGUACUUCAAGACGAUGUGUUGUAUGUUUGGAAUUCGUUAGAGAACUGUUUCUUUUGCAUUAACUUGAAACGUUUGGAGGAACACAAUGAAGAAACACCAUAUCAGAAACUCCACUUACUCUCGCCCCCGGCAUUCUCCGUCGAACGUAUUAUAAGCAGCGAGUGUGGUAGCAGAUUGUGCGUGUGGGGCUCGAGAGGUGUGACGGUCGCUGAGCUGCCUUCGAGGUGGGGCCGCGAUGGACUCUUCGAAUCCGGCAGUCAAACUAUUUUGUGCAAGAGUUACUCUCUAGACGAGAGGUUCUUGUACUCACAAGGAGACAUCCUCAGAGUGCACUGGCAUCCGAAAUCCCUCUCGCAUCUUCUCGUUCUUAUCUCGGACAACACGAUGAGACUCUACAACAUCGCAUUGAAGACUGGUCCGAAACUUGUGAAAAUCUUCACAAUCGGUCCGAAGCCAACCGGAUCGUUGGGUCAGACGGUGCUCGACAGCUUAGGAGAUACGGCCGUCGAUUUUACACCGACGCCCGACGCCGAACACUUGCUCAUACUUAGCGGGAAUGGAGAUGUGUACAUGUUGCAAUGCGAUCUUGAUAACAAUGGACUACAAGCAAAGUUGAAAGGCCCCCUAGCCAUGUACCCCCCGGCGGAUGACAACUACGGUUCUGAGUCUUGUGCAAUAACUGCACUGGGGGGAAUGGACACCCCUACACUCGUGGUGAUAGCCAGCGCGUCAGCCGUACUGUAUCAUUGCUUACUUCUACCUAAUACAUCAGAUAAUAAAGAAGACAGCCAUGCACUCUACGUCGUAGAAUCUGUGGAACUAAACGUCACUCUCGGCUCAGAAGAUACCGUGCAAUAUAUGUUUCCUAUGCACUUAUAUCCGGUGGGUCGCAGUACGUAUGCGUGCGUGCACGCACGCGGCUUACACUGCGUCGCUAUGCCCGUACUUGAUCGACUUGAGGAGUAUGCCCAAGCUGACGAAGGCGAGAUGGAAUCAAUAUUACAAGCGAUCUGCACGAAGGCGAGUUGCGCGAGACACGUGCUGUGCUCGCGCGCGCCCGUCGCGCUCGCGCUGAGCGCCGCGCCGCCGCACUCGCUGCUGCUGCUGAGCCACGACGGAGAGCUGCUCACCAGCGCCGCGCCGCCGCACUCGCUGCUGCUGCUGAGCCACGACGGAGAGCUGCUCACCAGAACAUUGGAGCCAUAUAAUCUAGAAGAGCAUUUUUUCAAAGCGAUGCAGUUAAAGAAUCCCUCUCUAGAACAAGAAGAUUUGAAAAACUUGUUUAAAGAGAGUCAAAAAUUAUCCUUUACAACAAUUAUACAAGAAGUACUUGAAAGAAAAGUUUCUCAGCCGAUACUCAAGUUAGAUAAAAAAGAUCCGAGCCCAAAGGAAUGUUUAGAGCUGCUGACGCAGUCGACGGUGAAGCUCCGCGGCGAGUACAUCGCGCGCCAACGCCGGGCUGCUGACGUCAUCGCCCGCAAGCUGGCCGCCGCGCGCGCGCUCGCCGCACAGCACGCCGCCUGGCUCGCCGACUUGCUGAAAGAGGUUGAUAGCGUAAAAUUAAACUCAGCCGUGUUGAAGGAGAAGCGAUACCUCGCUGAGAAGUAUCAGGAAGAUAUGAAAUACAGGUGCUCAACGGUCGUCCGCUCUCUCCGCACGGGCGGUAGCAGCACAGAGGAGCGGAGAGCGCUCUUGGAGUUACUGCAGCACCAGCGCUCCUCCGCACAACUAGCGGGCAGGCUCGCCACGCUCAAGCAACUCGCACUAGACAAGGAGCUACAGCGCUCCUCCGCACAACUAGCGGGCAGGCUCGCCACGCUCAAGCAACUCGCACUAGACAAGGAGCUACAGCGCUCCUCCGCACAACUAGCGGGCAGGCUCGCCACGCUCAAGCAACUCGCACUAGACAAGGAGCUACAGCGCUCCUCCGCACAACUAGCGGGCAGGCUCGCCACGCUCAAGCAACUCGCACUAGACAAGGAGCUACAGCGCUCCUCCGCACAACUAGCGGGCAGGCUCGCCACGCUCAAGCAACUCGCACUAGACAAGGAGCUACAGCGCUCCUCCGCACAACUAGCGGGCAGGCUCGCCACGCUCAAGCAACUCGCACUAGACAAGGAGCUACAGCGCUCCUCCGCACAACUAGCGGGCAGGCUCGCCACGCUCAAGCAACUCGCACUAGACAAGGAGCUACAGCGCUCCUCCGCACAACUAGCGGGCAGGCUCGCCACGCUCAAGCAACUCGCACUAGACAAGGAGCUACAGCGCUCCUCCGCACAACUAGCGGGCAGGCUCGCCACGCUCAAGCAACUCGCACUAGACAAGGAGCUACAGCGCUCCUCCGCACAACUAGCGGGCAGGCUCGCCACGCUCAAGCAACUCGCACUAGACAAGGAGCUACAGCGCUCCUCCGCACAACUAGCGGGCAGGCUCGCCACGCUCAAGCAACUCGCACUAGACAAGGAGCUACAGCGCUCCUCCGCACAACUAGCGGGCAGGCUCGCCACGCUCAAGCAACUCGCACUAGACAAGGAGCUACAGCGCUCCUCCGCACAACUAGCGGGCAGGCUCGCCACGCUCAAGCAACUCGCACUAGACAAGGAGCUACAGCGCUCCUCCGCACAACUAGCGGGCAGGCUCGCCACGCUCAAGCAACUCGCACUAGACAAGGAGCUACAGCGCUCCUCCGCACAACUAGCGGGCAGGCUCGCCACGCUCAAGCAACUCGCACUAGACAAGGAGCUACAGUUAAAGAAAUGUCAAGAGGAGUAUAAGAAGAAGGAUACAGUUCUCGGGAAGUCUCAUAGCGACACGAUAUCCUCGAUACUGCAGCAACAAACAAUGCAGAUAUCAAAAAUCAUUGAAGAAACGAAGCUGCUAAAGGAUCAACUCGGUGUAGUUUAACUUACAUACUGUGUAAACUGUACGGCUGUCGGCUGACAGCUAUGUGCACUUAUAUUAAAUUAACAAAAAGCCGGUUGCUUACCGGAGAAAACGAAGUAAAUUUAAAUAUAUAUUUUUAUUGAUAAUUUUGUGAUCUUAACUUUAUAACGAUGUUGGAGCAACCAGCAUAGCUAAAAACUUUUUCAGUAUGAUUGUAUCCUAAACUGAACAUAAUGUAGAUGAUUAUUCCAAAAGUCUUGUUACAAUUACAAUGAUAUUAAUUUAAUAUUAAUAUUUGUACGAACAACAAUCCAAAAAAGUUACGUAAGUGAUGCCUAACAUUAUUAUUAGCUCAAAUUAGUCUAUCGGCUGAAUGUCUAAUUAAAAUAUAAUCAGAAUUGAGUAAUGAAAAUAUAAUCAGUAAAAUUUUAAUUCGCUGCAUUGUCGCGUACAA